AUGUUCUUGCAGAUGCUCCAGCUGCUCAUUGUGUCCUACAUUGCAAGCCAUGGAGAAGGGAGAGAGAUAGAAACUAGAGGAAGAUCCAAAUAUCACUCUAUAAUUCAUCAAUACCACCUAAGAAAUGAGGACAGCCCUCCAAAUUUAGUGGAACCUAACAGAUCUGUAGGAAAGAAUGAAGAAUCAGGUAUAAGCAGAAAUAAUCCAGAGAAAAACAGAGUUCCUAAAUCAAAACCUCAACUGGAAAACAAAAGUGGAGAAAAAGAUUAUCAGGGUAUGAAUUUGCCCAGGAUGGUGGACUACAGUGGAAGUAGCAGUGAAAGAAAGGUAAAAGAUUCUGAGAAGGAGUAUGCCCAAGCGUCAUGGAACCAUUUCAUCUAUAAGAUGAACUCAGCCUCGGAAGCCGUAAAUUAUCAGGUUAAGCCUCAAGAAAUACCAAAAGCAGUCUGCAAAACCCUGCCAUUCACCCAGAUCAUUGAACAUGAGAACUGUGACAAAGUGACCAUACAGAACAAUCUGUGCUUCGGAAAAUGUAACUCUCUUUAUGUACCGAACCAAAUACAUCGGCUCAACAUAUACUCCCAUUGCCUUCCCUUCAAAUUUACAAUGAACCACCUGAAAAUGAACUGCACAGGAUCCAGUAAUGUGGUUAAAGUUAUAAUGAUGGUGGAGGAGUGCAAGUGUGUGGUCCUCAGCCACAACCACCAUGUAGUGAACAACGUCAAGAACAACUAUGGACAUCACUGAAGACAUGGGCUGGGGGCAGCUUGCUAGAACUGACUGUAUUUGACCAGUAUCUGUCUAAAUGAUUUCCCAACAUGUUGGGAAUCAUUUUGUAAGGCAACUGUUGAGAAAGAAGUUCUCAUUUCCUGCAGUUGGCUGUGGGCAGUGGACACAUAAAGAUACUGGCUGAUAUUCAAGACGCAAAUGGUGAGAAACGUGUCAUUUUUACUGGUGUUUUCUUUUGUUUGUGAAGAGUACUGAGAAGACACUGAAUGUCCCUCAGCUUUGAUAUCUAUGUGCAAUAAGGUGACAUCUUUGGACCCUACCCGAUGGGCGUGUGAAUACUGCCUGCUUUAAGUUAAAGUCGGUGAAGCUUCUUUUUCUUGUUUUCUAUUAAACAGCUGUAGUAUUGUAUAAUAUGGUUGCGUUUUCUGUUUCAAGUUCUCAGCAAAGGUCUCUUUACACAGGACGAGACAGCAGCAGAUUGUCGGGAAGGAAGCGUUCCUUUCCUAAACUGAAACAGUUAUGCCGGUCCAGAGAGAGCUCCGGCAGACUGUUCUCCGCUGAAACAGCCUGCUGGAGACCGGUGAGGUAGAUAUGGACGAGGCCCUAUCUGUUUUCUAUGUUUUAGACCCACUCAUGGUGUUGGCUAAGGGUACUUUCACAUUAGGGGCAGGGGGGUCCGGCAGGCUGUUCCGGCGGGUAAACAGCC